AGUUACACCAUAGCUACAACACAAUCUAUUAGCUUCUACAAGUUUAUUUGCUGGUUUAUUAUAUACUUGCUAUCUGUAACAACAGCCAAGUAUUAAACUUCAUCUAUUAUGUCUACAAGUCAUAAACAUUCUCAAAUACAAUAGGUAAUUAAUUCUAAUUCUUAAUCUCCACUUGCAAAUCAAAAACCCAUCAUUAAUAAACUAUAUACAGUAUUCUAACCCACUCUAACUUGUAUUAGCUUAGUUCUAGAGUCAUUUUAAACCAUGAAAAUACCAUCUUAUAUCCAAUUAAGCUAUAAAAGCAGUAACCUGUCCUUACCACACAAAACCAAUUACUGUCCCAAGUGGAAUUUCCUUGGAUUCCUUCAGUUUCUUCAUUGGUUGAACAGCAGCUCCUUAGCUGUUACUUUCCUCUGGGCAGGCUCAUAGCACAAAGGUAUACCAGUGGAGUGGAAAACACUGUAAAAAGAUAUAACAGAAGCUGCCCUUCGCAACCCUUUCUUCCUCUCCCUCUCUCUCUCGGUUGUAGGAUAGAAAAAUGAGAGUAAAGAGUUCUGAAAUGUUUAAAUCAAAACAUGCAUCAGACCAUAGGACAAGUGUGAAAAUGACAAGCUAGUGCUAGUCAAAUCAGACUCCACUAAGCAAGUUUUAAGAAAUUGGCCAUGCAAACACCAAUCUUCUUUCUUCUUACAAUCAAGUCCCUCCAAGUAAGAACUAACAGGUUUUAUUCUAUGCAUUUGAGGACGGGUUAUGACACAUGCCCUGUGCCAUACUGGUAUGUAAUCAUUCAUAGUUAGCUAGAGUUAAUAAGUUUACUGGCAGUUGUGAGUGAUUGACUUAGAAUGGCUGAUACAGAAAUUUAGAUAUGCUGAUUGUUUCUGAUGACCACAAUAAAUCAAAGUUUUGCUAGAUAAUGUCCUUCCUCAUCCAAAUCUUCAAACAUUAUUUUAGGCUUACCUGUCCAAAAUUUAUGCUGGCCUGAUCGUGUAACAAGGUUUCUCAUGUCUAUAUUUUUCUUGAUUGCAGUGGAGAGAUAAUUAGAAAUUUUGGAUUUGAAGUAGAUAAGAACAUGACAUCAGUGUUUGGACGUGUCAUUGGGCCUCCAACGUUGAAGCUUGCUGGCCCGACUGGAAGAGAGAUGCCAAUAUCAGUUGACAAGGACAGAUGCCAGUGGAACAUGACUGGAAAAGCGGUGGUGGAGGGCAGACCUAUUGAGCGCUGGGCUGUGCUUGACUUUACCGGUACAUAUAGAUGGAAUCGAGAUCAAUUUGUUGGCAAGCUGAUUGCUAAGUGCGGAAGCCUAGGGAUGAGAAUGGGGAACCAUCUUUUCUACCGGUCCACAGAUAUGAAUAAACUUUCUAACAGUGACGUGCUUCGUCAACUGCUUGAAAGUGUCUGGAAUCAAGCCGAAGGCCGUUUACAGAUUCUGAUUUGUGUGAUGGCCAGGAAGGAUGAGGGCUACAAGUAUCUCAAGUGGUUCUCUGAAACUAGACUUGGCAUGGUGACACAGUGUUGCUUAUCCACCAAUAUUGAACCUAGACCUUACAAGGAUACUAAAGUGGACCAGUAUCUUUCUAACCUUGCUUUGAAGAUAAAUGCCAAGAUUGGGGGGAGCAAUGUGGAGUUGAUUGAACGUCUUCCUUACUUUCGAGGUGAUGGCUCUGUUAUGUUUGUGGGUGCUGAUGUUAAUCAUCCUGCUGCUCACAAUAAAACUAGCCCAUCAAUCGCGGCUGUAGUGGCAACCGUGAAUUGGCCUGCUGCAAAUCGCUAUGCCGCAAGGGUUCGCCCCCAGGAACAUCGCAAGGAGAAGAUAUUACAGUUUGGGGAGAUGUGUCUGGAGCUUGUUGGACACUAUGCUCGCAUAAAUGAGGUCAAACCAGAAAAAAUUGUGAUAUUCCGUGACGGUGUAAGUGAAAGUCAGUUUGAUAUGGUCCUCAAUGAAGAGCUGGUAGAUCUCAAGAAGGCUUUUCUGGCAGUGGAGUACAAUCCGACCAUCACUCUUAUCGUUGCUCAGAAGCGGCACCAAACACGUUUCUUUCCAGAGAACAGGGCAGACGGGGGCGCUACUGGUAACGUGCCUCCAGGCACGGUCGUGGAUACUACAAUUGUGCACCCUUUUGAGUUUGACUUCUACCUUUGUAGCCAUUAUGGAAGCUUGGGUACCAGCAAGCCAACGCACUAUCAUGUGUUGUGGGAUGAGCAUCGAAUUUCUUCUGAUGAUCUGCAGAAGCUCAUUUACAACAUGUGCUUCACCUUCUCACGGUGCACAAAACCGGUAUCAUUGGUCCCACCAGUGUAUUAUGCAGACCUUGUUGCAUACAGGGGGAGGAUGUACCAUGAAGCAAUGAUAAGAGGACGGCUUCCGGGUUCAGCAUCAUCCUCAUCUUCUUCCUCAUUGGCAUCAUCAUCUUUUUCUUCUGCAACUUCAUUUGAUGAGAGGUUCUUCAAGCUGCACACUGAUUUGGAGAACGCAAUGUUCUUCGUCUGACCUGAUCAAAGCCAUUGGCCAAAUCUCUCCAUCAACAAUCGGGAAUGGGAAUGGCUCCUCUCUUUUGUUAAAAUGCCCAAAACGCAGGUUUACUCCUUUUUAACUAAAAUCCUAGUGAAAGGGGUUUGUGCGUGAAUCUAAUGGGUGGUGUCUCUGUCUCUCAUGGUUUUGUGCAGGCCAUGGGAAUCUAGGGAAGGGAAAGGUAUUUUGCUUAGGACAUGCAUCAGGUUUGCAUUCGAUUUUGGUUUCUUUCCUGGUUUGUGUACUUGGAGGAGCUAUAUGACAAUAACCUUAUUAUGUACUCCUGCUUUUCUGUUAUUAUAGUUUCUUUGUUUCUGUUAUGGCUCCUGAGUCCUGACUGAAGAUCUAUAAACAUAUCCUGUCUUUUUAUCAUUCAUAUUGUUGCCUGAUCUUUCUUCUGCUGUUAUGGAACAAUGGUCUUCUAAACUUUGCUACGUCCUGUGCUCUAAUG